ACUCCCUGCCCCAAACAAUUACUAUCUCAACGGCUAGUUAUAGCCUAAACCCACCUUGCUGCUGCUUCACUCUGCACCACCUUCUUCUUUUUCAGUUUUAUUUUCACCCUUUGCACUUUUUGUCUGUUUUCUUUCCCGAGAAAAUGAAAGUGAAGUGCAAAAUGUUCACUCAGGAAGUUUCCUUAUUCUUCAUCUUCUUCUUUUUUGUUUCAGGGUCUUCUUCCUCAUCCAACAGUGAUUUCGCUGCGUUGCUAUCUUUCAAGGAAUCUUUAUUACAGUCAUCACAAGUUCUUUCCUCUUGGGUUAACUCCAGCAACCCCUGCUUGGACUCGUGGUUUGGCGUUACCUGCAACCCCAUAACCCGGAGAGUUACCCGACUAGUCCUCGAGAAUCUCAACCUCUCCGGCUCUAUUCACCCCCUCGCUCAACUCCCCCAGCUCAGACUUCUCAGCCUCAAGAACAACCGCCUCUACUCUUCCUCCAACCUCAGCUUCUCUUCAUGGCCAAACCUCAAGCUCCUCUACCUCUCUUACAACGGACUUUCUGGAAAAUUCCCGUCUGGUAUAUCACGUCUCCGCCGCCUUCACCGCCUCGACCUCUCUCACAAUUACUUCUCUGGCGAUAUUCCCAUCAAUGAGCUUGCUCUGUUGCCGCACUUGCUGACACUACGACUGGAGGCCAACUCUUUCGCUGGGACUAUCGACUUUGUUAACCCGUUUUCUUCCAUCGUAGAAUUUAAUGUAUCGAAUAACCAUCUAUCCGGCAAAAUUCCAGCAUGGCUAAGCCAUUUCGCGGCGAGUUCGUUCGAUGGGAACGAUCAUCUCUGCGGUGAACCGUUAAGGCGCGAAUGCUUCAAUCAGACUUUGCGGGGCCAGCCCGUACAAUCAGGCAGCGUUAUAAUGGAGAAGAGAGCGAGUAAAUGGUUGGUGUUCAUGAUCGUGGGUAUAGAUGCGGCGGCGAUUGUGGCAGCGAUCGCAACCAUAACGUGCUGUUGUUAUUAUAGGAGGAGGAGAAGAACAAAUAGUGGGACCCACGGAGAAGUUAUAAAGAGGAAAGGUGGGUACCAUCCCCAAAUUGGAGGUUAUUACUACGGCGGUGCUGGCGGCCUCAGGGAAGACGAGGAGAUGGUAGUGUUUGAAGGGUGCAAGGGUUUUAGUGGCGUGGAUGAUCUGUUGAAAUCCUCAGCUGAGUUGUUAGGGAAGAGUUCUGUUGGGACUACUUACAAGGUGGAGACGGACGGCGGAGACGUGGUGGUGGUGAAGAGGGUAAGAGAGAGAAGGCGUAAGAGGGAGGUUUCUGGGUGGCUGAGAAUGGUGGGUGGGGUGAGGCAUAGUAACAUUGUAAGCCUCAGAGCAUACUACAAUUCCAAGGAUGAGAUGCUUUUGGUGUAUGAUUAUCUACCAAAUGGAAGCCUACAUUCUCUGUUACAUGGGAAUAGAGGGCCAGGGAGGACUCCAUUGAGCUGGACCACAAGGCUAAAACUAGCUGCAGGUUCUGCACAAGGCCUUGCCUUCUUGCAUGCAUACAAUAAAGCAAAGCUCUUCCAUGGAAACCUCACAUCUUCCAAUAUCUUAGUUGAUCACUUCGGCAAUGCCUGCAUUUCUGAGAUUUGCCUUCGCCAGCUCUUGCACACACCCCCUCCUUUCUCAAACAAUUCCUACAAGGCCCCUGAACUGGCGUCCAACAACAACAAUAACAGUAUCGGGCAUGGAAAUGGAAAGUUCACUCAGAAAUGUGAUGUGUAUAGUUUUGGGGUGAUUUUGUUAGAGAUAUUGACAGGGAAAAUGCCAAGUGGGGAGGGAGAAACAAGUUUAGUGAGAUGGGUUCAGAGAGUUAGGCGAGAAGAGUGGACUUGGGAGGUGUUUGAUUUUGAGUUGUAUAGUUGUAAGGAGAUGGAAGAAGAGAUGGUGGCGCUUAUGCAAGUAGCUUUACUAUGCUUAGCUCCAUUACCCAGAGAUCGUCCAAAGAUGAGUAUGGUUCUUAGGAUGAUUGAAGAUAUUAGGACUAAGGGUGCAAGAGAAGGUGGCACCCCAAAUUCCAUUCUUAAUGAUCUCUCUUCCGAGUCAUCUCCUUCUCUAUCAGAAAACACCAAUAAUAUCAGUAGCAGUUGACUAAAAAAUGGAACAUGGUUCUUGGAGAGCAAUAUUGUUCUUGGAAUAUAUAAAUCUGUUUACAAUCACACUAUGGAUGUAGUCGUGGGACGCAGGCUGCUGCUGAUCAUUUGUUGUAGAGGCAGGAGAUUGGUUGCAGCACCACCACCACCCAGCAACGAAAAUCUAACCUACUGCCAUAGAAAGGUUGAUAUAUUUAUUUGCUUGGUUGUCUUUAGACAGGAUUUAGGUUUAAUAUUUAUCAUUAGUUUCAUAACCUAAGAUGUUGAUAAAUUGCCAAUGAUCAGAAAUUAAAAAGCUUCUGAUUUGGCCCCAUCUGAAAUGAAUCAUUGUUGUUUUGGCAACAUACGUUCUAUUAACUGCCCAAAAACAAAGAUCAAUUGAAUGAGCUUUAGAGGGCCAUCCACAUUGGGUUGAACAAAAAUGGAGUCCACACGAUCACAUGGUUAUUCAAGGGGAGCUAGUUUCUCCAACCAGGUAAUCUAAAUAGGCUGGCAUUGGGGUCCAAUGCCACCCAAGGUGCCCUUGAAUUGAGGGGGGUUGUCCAUUAAAAUCCUUCACAUGGUUAGCAUUUGUUUGGCAGCUCCUCCUAAAGAUUCAAGGUCUAUGGAAAUUGUUUCAGCAUAAAUGCUUGUAUCAACAAUUCUGCAACCAUUGAAUGCGACCUAAUCUCCAAUAUUUUCUUAAA